CCAUUCGCCACUUCCAGGCCUGUCUUGUCCCGGGCUUGCUUCGGUUUCAUUCGGUUAAUAAACGCGCGCGUCGAUCAGUCCAUCACGAGCCGUCGCGUGGCUCGGGUUCUUUAAACUUUUCAUCCUCUGACUCGCUUCUCUUUCUCUUCCUCCUUUCUUUUCUUCAUCGAUCGGACACCGAAUCGGGCAUGUGUCGCUAGUUUGGCUACGUUCGACGCCCCCUUUUUUGGAUAUUAGUGAUCCGGAAGCUGAACCCUCGGUAUCAGCAAGCAGGUGACAAUUAGAGGCCGACAGCAUGAGGAACUCAACGCUCCUGAAAUGGGCGCAGAACUCUGCGAAUAGUAAAAAUCAAACGAGCAAGAAUGGGACGACUAGAAACUGGAUACACCCACCGGAUGCGCUCCAAAAAGGCCACAUCGCCUACCUGGUCAAGUAUCUGGGCAGCACGGAAGUCGACCAGCCAAAAGGUAUCGAUGUGGUGAAGGAAGCGAUCUGCAAGCUGAAGUUCAACCAACAGCUUCGGAAGAGCGAAGGCACAAAGACUCCGAAGGUCGAGCUGACCAUCAGCAUCGAUGGUGUUGCGAUUCAGGAGCCGAAGACGAAAACAUCGCCGAAGCGGAUUAUGCACCAGUACCCACUGCACAGAAUAUCCUACUGCGCCGACGACAAAGGCGAGAAGAAGUUCUUCAGCUUCAUCGCGAAGGAAGAGGACGCGGAGAGGCACACGUGCUUCGUCUUCGUCAGCGAUAAGCUGGCCGAGGAGAUCACGCUGACGAUUGGCCAAGCGUUCGAUCUAGCAUACAGGCGGUUCUUGGAGACCUCGGGAAAGGAUCUAGAAACACAGAGGCGAUGCAUGGUUCUGCAACAGAAGAUCAAGCGAUUGGAGCAUGAGAAUAAUGUGUACCGCCAGCGAUUACAAGAUAUUGCUGCUAUUAAAGGCUCGGCGGAUGUAUCGGCUUACUUGUCGCAGCACAACCUACCGGAUAUCCUACACGUCCCUGGGGCAUCAGGCGAGACAACGCAGGUGAACGGAACUAGCAACAAGUCCUCUCUGAACACCAGCAACGAUACUAAUGGAAAUACGCCGAACGGAUCGCAACCACCUCCGGUUCCUCCGAGAAGUUUUGAGAAGACUUUUGAUGAUAACUUUAUGGCGAGUGAGCCACCAAUUCCUACACCAUCGGUUGGCACUAAGCUGGAAGGACUGCUGAUGGACGAGUUCGAGGAAGAUUUUAAUCCAAGAGCGUAUGAAACAGCGUCCAAUGGCAUAGCGAAUCAUCAAACAAAUCAUAAUCCUCUUUUGAAUGGACAGAUAUCACCGAGUUCGAACUUCUUUUCUCAGAGUAAUGGCACUACAAGUCCUCCUCCAUUGUUGGCUCCACCACCAAAGGCAAAGGAUUCUAGACGCCAAAAUGGAGUGAAGGAGGAUUUAUUUGGCAGCAUUCCCUUCAACCCACCACCACCGAUGAAUGUAAAAAAUGAGUUCAAUGAUCCGUUUGAGAUGGGCGAGUUUGGAGCACCCACGACGAUAACCAAUCCGAGCCAGCAGGAAUUGGAAAACGCUAUUGGCCUUUUAGAUAAGAAACUACUUGAAAUGAAAGAUGGUUUUAGUAGAGGUCUUUCCAUCGACACCGAUGACUUCUCGCUGGAAAGCUUGGACCCCCUACGAAACUGAACGGAAAGCAACCCUUUAAAAAAGGGAGAGACAAGGGAAAGGCCAAUUAUGCAUUAUAUGUUCGUUAGAGAGCAUAAAAGUCCAGGAAACGUAUAGGCAAAUUAGGAACUACAUUUAUACAAAGCCAAAAUUAGUCAAUUAUUAUUAUAAUUAUUCUAAUCGUAUAUUUAUCGUGAUGUAUGAUAUUUAUCACACGCCUACUAAAUAUUGACAGUAGUGUUAAGCUUUGAUACCGAUCAGUGCAGGAUGUUACAUCGCUAAAAGAUCUUGAGAAAACGAAUGGUAUUGAUACUCGCAUUGAUUCCGCUAUUAAUACUGUUUGUUUUUUCUUGGGAGGAAUUUAAUUGUUUUAACGCACUGUGAGAAAACAAAAAAAGAUUGAUGAGGUUAUUGAAUCGAAAAUAAUUAGAAUCUCAGACUCCUUAGAAAUCCUCCGUGCCUUCUACUAAAUUGUUAUAUUUACAUAUGAAGGAACAAAAUGCUAUUUGGAAAUCUUAUGAAUAGAAGAUACUCUAUUCAAUGAAUGAAGUCUUUUCCCAAGAGAAUGGGAAUUGCCACCCUUCCACAUAAUCAAUUGCAAUCGCAGCAAAGUGGCGAUCCGAUAUUUCUUUUAUCGGGGAAUGUUUGAGAACAAUACCGACAAUAGUCGUGUCCUUAUUAUCAUAAGGUUUCAAGAGAAAUUAAUAAUAUAUUUUUAUGCAGAUAUAAUCUAACUUAGGGCCAACUACGUCUGUGCAUUUCUCGCGAUGCGAAUUCGUAGAAGAAAACAGAAUCGAGAAACUAACUAAAAUAGUGAUAAUCAUUACUCUACUAAUAGAUGUGCCUGUAUGAAUAACAUCUGAAAUAUUUCCAUUGAAAUCAUUCCCUAUUUUUUCCUUCGAUCGUUACUCCACUUUCCAAGAAGACACAUAAGGGAAAAGCGGAUUGGCAUGAAUGUCGUUGAAGACUUUUAGUCCCGAUUUUUGCAGACGUUUAUGUGUGUCGAGAUCAUGCAAUGUUUGGAGACCGUGCAAGCCGAUGCGUUUGAUACAGUAAAAGGAAGGUUAUUAAUUGUGUACAUAUGAAAUGCUGUUUUAUUAUUGUUGCUCUAUUGUUUAAGCAUUAUCGUUAAGAAUAUAAUGCGUGAAUAAUGUAACCAAGAAA